AUGGCACCCGUGUCGUUAACGCCUCAAUAUCCCCCCCAGCCUUAUGGCUUCGCUCCUCCACCCUCCCCUCCUUUGGACGACUCCAACAAGUGCUCACUGCCCUCGAUAUCGAACCUGCUCGUCAUGGCCGAUCAGGGAUCUCCUACCUCAGAGACAUCUCCUCAGUCUCAGCAAUUACACUUCUCAAAGUCUGACAACCGUCCCAACUCCUCCCAGUUUGGCAACCCAGCAUCGGUCAGGGCGAACCUGCCCCCUAGUCCUCCCAUGUCCUCGGAGGCUUCAUUUGAGGGAUACCACUCUCCUUCAAGCAAGCCAACAAGCCAGUCCCAGGGCAGCUCCAACUACUACUAUGAGACCACGCCGCCUUUGAGCCAACAUGAAGCCGACUCCCGCCAGAUGGCCACUGCUGCACCCAGAGCCCCUGUUCAGCCUUCAACUUUCCAGUCACAGUACCCGUCGCCAGCUGGCUACUCGAGUCAGUCAGGCAUCAACCCUUACUAUCCUCCCAUGCAGCCGACACCCCCUCCGCAGCAGCAGAUGCCGGCCUUGUACUACCAGCGUCCACUUCCUCAGACUUUCACCCCUUCUGUGCCAGUGUCAGUUACCCUGGCGCCAGCCACGGGAGCGAACCCUUGGCAACAUCACCACUAUAUUGCCCCUUCUUCCACCGCCUCGUUCCCGCAGUCUCAGGACCGGUAUAUCUGCCAGACCUGCAACAAGGCCUUCUCUCGGCCUAGCUCGUUGAGAAUCCACAGCCACUCACACACCGGCGAGAAGCCUUUCAAGUGCCCCCAUGCUGGUUGCGGAAAGGCCUUCAGCGUUCGCAGCAACAUGAAGCGUCAUGAGCGUGGAUGCCACAGCUUUGAGAGCAGCAACAGCAACAACAACGGCAACAGCAACGGCGGCGCAGCUGCCUAA